AUGUUACCUCACAUAACCUCACUAGAAUAUGCUUAUCGCAAUAAACAAUUAACAGAUCAAACACUCCAGUUGCCCGAACGGCAAGAUUUAUCAUCAUACAUUCCAAAAGAAAAUAAUAUUUUCUCAAUCAGUUCAAUGACCGAAUUUAAUGAAGCCGGUCGUCGUUUAAGAAAUCAAAAACAACAGCCUCAACCAUUACUGAGUUUGAUCGAUGAUUCUUCAUCAAUGACGACAUCUACUAAUUCUCGACUUCGACGUACAGGUUCUGAUGACAAUUUAUUUAUUGUUAAAUAUGCCCCAAAACAUCGUUCAUCUGGAAAUAUAUCUAUAAUUACCAAUGGAAGUACGAACAAUGACAAUCAACACCAUCAUGGAGAACAACCAAUUUUUAAUGUGACUACGAAUAGUCAAGAUAGUACACAAGGAAAAUAUUUAUCAACCGAACCAAAACGUGUUCAACAUAGUCGUUCAGCCACAGUAACAUCAUCACCUACUCAUCAUCGAACAAUUCGUGAAGAAAAAUUACUCGCUGUUUAUAAUUUAUUCCAUGAAUGUUACAGAACAGUUAUUCCGUUUCGUCGACCAUUACCACAAUCAGCAUCAUCAUCGAAUAUUUAUAGACCACAAAUAGGCCGAAAUCUUGUGAAUUCUUUUAAUUCAUUUAUUGACCAAUGGCGUACUACGAGAUAG